AUGAUUCGAACAGGAAGAGUAAUCAAUAGCCAUAGCCAUUUCCUUUCCUCCGCCAUCAUCUUCCUCACAACAAUCCACCUCCUCGCGAUCUCAACCACAUCUCAACAGCAGCCGACUUUCAACACCGCCGGCUGUCAAGACAAUUCCAACUCAACCACACCUCCCGCCUACACCUCAAACCUCGCCGCCCUCCUCAACACCCUGCCCCCCAAUGCCUCCACCGCCACCUUCUCCAACGACUCCGCGGCGGACGGCCGGGUAUUCUCCCUCUACCUCUGCCGCGGAGACGUCUCCCUGACCACCUGCGCGGCCUGCAUAACGCAGGCCGCGCAGGAGGUCCAGCGACGCUGCCCUGCUCACAGGGCGGCGGUCGUCUGGUACGACCAGUGCAUGCUGCGGUACUCCAACGUCAGCUUCGCCGGCCGGACUGAAGUUCAGUACAGAUUGCUGAUGUGGAACACCCAGAACAACACGUCGCCAGGGGAGACGGACAACGGGGCGCUGUCGCUGAUCUACGGGCUCAUCGAUUACGUCCCGUACACCGGGCUGAUGUACGGGACGAAUGAAUCGGAGAGUCGGGGCCGGCCGAGGUACGCGAUGGCGCAGUGUACGAGGGAUUUGAGUAGCGGUGCCUGCUUGUCGUGCCUGGAGGAGUUGAACGAUGCUAGUGAUCGGUGCUGUCGGGGCAGGAUCGGGUGGCGGAUUCUGACUCCUAGUUGUAGUUUGAGGUACGAGCAGAGCUUGUUCUAUGAGGUGCCUCCGCCGCCGCCGCCGCAGUCGCCGCCUGGUGGUGGCAACGAUGGUGGAGGUGGAGGUGGAGGUGGAGGAAACAACACAGGCAAAAUUGCUGGAAUCGUUGGCGCCAUAGUUGGUGUAACAGUAGCCGUGGUGGGGAUCUGGUACUGUUCAUGCUUCCGCAGGAAGAAGGGAAGGUCUGCUGGAGGAGAAACCAGCCAAGAAAUACUGCUACCCGAUUACGAUGGCUCCAAUCACAAUGCCGCAAUUGGAAUCGAAGUUCCAGGCCAUGAGAACGACAGAGAAGUCCACUGUUACAGUCUGGCUACUGUUCUGGCAGCCACAAACAACUUCUCCAAUGCCAAUAAGCUUGGGCAGGGAGGUUUUGGCCCUGUUUACAAGGGGAAGCUGCAAGACGGGCAAGAAAUAGCGGUGAAGAGGCUUUCCUUGACAUCCAAGCAAGGUCUGGAAGAGUUCAGGAACGAGGUGAUGGUGAUUGUCAAGCUUCAGCACAGGAAUCUGGUGAGGCUGUUGGGUUAUUGCUUGGAGAGAGGGGAGAAGCUGCUUGUCUAUGAGUAUUUGGCCAACACCAGCCUUGACGCCUUCCUUUUCGAUCCGAAGAAAAGCAAGGAGCUCGACUGGGAAAAGAGAGCAAACAUAGUAGAAGGCACAGCCAGGGGACUCAUGUACCUCCACGAGGACUCUCGUCUUAAGAUCAUCCACAGAGAUAUGAAAGCGAGCAAUGUGCUUCUGGACGAGCACAUGAACCCCAAGAUCUCGGAUUUCGGGACCGCUAGGAUAUUCGGAGGCAAUCAGAUCGAGGCCAACACUGAGAGAGUGGUUGGAACAUACUUCGGAAUCUUGAUGCUGGAAAUCAUAAGUGGAAAGAAGAACAGAGGAUCGUUCGACCCGAGUCAGGCCUCUAGCCUUCUUUUGCAGGCAUGGGAGCUAUGGAGUGAAGGCAGAGGAGAAGAGUUGAUAGAGUCGAACAUAGCUAAGAACUGCCCGGCGAGAUGGAUCCACAUUGCAUUGUUGUGCACGCAGGACGAUCCGGCCGAACGGCCGACCAUGUCCGCGGUGGUCCGAAUGCUCGGAAGCAAAUCGGAUGACGAGCUUCCACGGCAGUUGAAACGUCCGUUCACCGCCGGCGGGUUCACCCACGUUUCCGAUCUAUCUACCAGUACCUCCGGUACCGGCACCGGGUUCCUCACUUCGGAUCAAUCCACCGGUACUAGCUAGCGGCGUUUCUCGGUAGCCUCGUUUUCUUAGGUACAUAAAUUGGUCUUGGUCUGUAUAAGAAAAAAUGGUUGAGUUAGGAUUGUAAUUUUGACAUCUCCGGCUGUUUCUAACCUAUUUCAUUCUCAAUUUAUUCUAUAUAGAGGUCGUUCCUUUAACAUUCAUGUCGG